AUGUCUUCGCAACCCAAUCACGACACCCUCGAGUCAGCCGAAAAGAUGGUUGAUGAAACAGCAGCACCAUCCUCUAGAACCGCUACCGGUACUCCUAAGAAAAGAACACCAAGCAACAACAACAAGGUCACUCCUGCCAAACGAGAUACACCCAUUCGUUCUACGCGAGGUAAACUCCCAUCUCAUUUGGAGGAUUUUCAAGUGGGUGAUUUCGAUUUGAGAGUUGUUGCUAGCAGUAGCUCAUCUACAAGCACUACUCCAAAGAAGAAGAAGGCAGCCUCUAGUAGUUCUACACCAAAGAAAGCAGCAACUCCAAAGAGAAAGAAGGAAGAAAUUGAGGAGGAGGAAGAGGCGGAAUUAUCUGAUGAUGAUGAUGGUGCAAUGGUCGAUGAUGACGAUGAUGAUGAUUUCGAAGUAAAACCAAAGAAAUCCAAGCAACGAAAAACAAACACCACCCCGGGUAGAGCAAAGAAGGCAACAAGUUCAGCAUCAUCUUCUACUCCAUCCAGAAGAGGUAAUGGCUCAUCAAGCACACCUUCCCGUGCUUCAUCGUCAUCCACAAAUACUCAUCACAGACCAACAAACAUCUCACUGAAUAAUUUGCCCAGCGAUGAUAGUGCUGUGUUGCGUUCGAGAACACCUGGUAAUAGAUUUUCCGAAUUUCAAUCCUCUCACAUUGAUUAUGAGGAAGCUCUGAGAAAAUUGCUUGCAAAAACCCCAGGUAAUGAAUUUAAACGAGGUGACGUCGAUGCAACUCAUUGGGCUAUUUCAUCGCUUCCUAUUACUGAAAUGGAGUAUUUCGAUACCAAUACCUUGGUCAACAAGAAGAUUACACUUCAACAAAUUUUGUCAGGUUGCUAUUACGCUGAAGGAAAUAGAAGACUAAAGACGAGUGAUGAAGUACCUGCAGUACAGAUAUGUUUCGCAUUCGAUACCACUGGCUCUCAAAUUAAUAUCAUUGAGGAUUUAAAGUGGAAACUACAAAGAAUGUGUGAACAGUUAUUGAACGAUAUUCCAACCAUUCAAAUUAGUAUCAUUGCUUUUGGAGACUAUGCGGAUUACAACAUGUUUUACGUCAUGCAAAAAUUAGAUUUCAGCAAUGAUAUCGACCAAAUUGUAUCAUUUGUGCAGAGUUUACGUGGUACUGGAGGACUCGAUCCAGCAGAGUGCUAUGAAAUGGUGUUAAAGGAGGCUCAAACUUUGAGCUGGGUCCCUAAGGAUAAUCCUUUCACUCAAAGAUCUCUUGUUGUAAUUGGAGAUGAUGUACCACAUACCACAGAAGAAUAUUUGAAGAUCAAUUACAAGGAGGAGGCUACCAAGCUUUUUGACGAAUAUUUCAUCAAAAUUCACUCAGUUCAAUGUCAGGGAAGAGAUUAUGCCACUGACUUUUAUCAAUUCCUAGCAGAUGAGACUGGUGGUCGUCGUUUUGAGCUCAAAGACUUUGAUAGCAUGCAAAGCAUGUUUUUGGGAUUGUGUUAUCGUGAAGCUGGUGAAUUCCAAAUGGCAAAUCCAUCCAUGCAGCAACACUUGAAAUCAUCUUCAGCAAUAGUUCGUCCAGGUGGUUCUUCAUCUCAAGACGGUGAUUAUGCUGGAGAUGCAAGUGAUUUGUCAGAUGAAGAAAUGAAACAAGUUCAUGAAGCCAUUCACAAUCCAAGCGCUUCCAAGGUCACAAUUAAGGGCGUAGAUUAUGACAUUUCUUUGAACGAUGGAGCUUGUAGAUUUGUUCGAAUUGGCGAAGGAACAUUCAUCGAGCAAAAUAAGGACAAGGGAACCAAGUAUGCAAAGAUGGCUAUUGAGGGUAAGAAGAUCACAUGGAUAACAAGAAAAGGCCAAUGGGGUCUCAUCAUUGACGAUGAAAUUAAGAUUAGAUAG